UGCCUGCUGAGUCCGGCUCCUCCCAAAAAUUUUUCGGAUAAGUCGAAGGAUCAUCUGUCUUGCCACUGUUGUUCCAGGCUUGCUUUCGUGUGCCUUUUAGGCUCGGGUUGUGACAAAUGAUUGGUAAAGUAUUCUGCAUCAGCACGUUUUCAUUUAAGCAGAUCAAAUCAUUUCCAUUUGAUAUGAGGAAACGGGCGUUUACUGUAGCUUGGUAGCUGAGGCUGUAGGGUUUGAUAAUAGCCUGUGGGUAGAGAUUUAUAAACGAACGACUUGUAGUUUAUUUGUGAAUUGCUGUUGUAUCUAAUAAUAUUGCCCUUGUUUACGGAGUACAGGCGCUGAACUAUGCUGGGGGGGGGACAAGAAAGUACCGACAGUGUACCGCCGUAUUGAGGAUGUGACAUAUUGUAACCUCGCGCUGUGCAUGCAUUGCCUCUCACGCAAUCCGCUAGCUCCUUCCGGGGGAGUUCCCUGCACGAUAUUAUUACUGAACUAGAAGUGUAGUCUGCUGUAACCUUCACACUUCACUUUACGUAGAGCUCAUAGCUACGACUGUCAUUGUUCUUCUACCUUCGUGAUGGGCAGAAUACUUAAAAUCAGGAGGCAAGCUACGACUAGCUAACUUCGUGUUGGAAAAAAUGUCGAGUAUGUUAAACGCAGCGCGUGAAGUGAAGUGGAAUCGGUCCGCUGCGGUGAGACGGGCAGCGCUUCUUGUGGCCGCUGCGUAUGGGGUAAAAACGCUGUACCCCAUAAUCUGCAAACAUGCCAAAAACAAACGGGGAGAUCCUAAUAGGAACUCGGCUCCAAAAACUGACGAGGAAGCCGGAUUAAUUUUGGCAUCGGAGGCAGCCGGCGAGGUCCCCCACAGGAAGACGUCACCUGCAGUAAAUGCAGAAUUUUUCAAGCAGAUACUGGGACUCCUAAAAAUACUCUUUCCAAGGCUAAUAACGAAGGAGCUGGGAUUGCUAUGCAUGCACUCGGUUGCUUUGAUGUCACGGACGUUCCUGUCUAUUUAUGUAGCUGGGUUGGACGGUCAAAUAGUCAAAACCAUCGUGGAGAAGCAACCCCGGGACUUCGUCGUGAAACUAAUGAAGUGGCUCUUGAUAGCCAUCCCGGCCACUUUCGUUAACAGCGUAAUCCGUUACCUGGAGUGCAAGCUCGCCUUAGCCUUUCGUACACGCCUGGUGGACCACGCAUACGGAACCUAUUUUGCUGACCAGACCUACUAUAAGGUCAGCAAUAUGGACGGUAGGCUGACGAACCCGGACCAGUCCCUCACCGAGGACAUCAUGAUGUUUUCGCAGUCAGUGGCGCAUUUGUACUCGAACCUCACCAAACCCAUUCUGGACGUUAUUCUGACUACUUAUACACUGAUACAGACAGCGAGGUCACGGGGAGCCGACGCCGUUGGACCCACACUGAUGGCGGGACUGGCGGUGCUCAUCACCGCCAAGGUCCUGCGCGCUUCCUCCCCGAAAUUUGGAAAACUGGUGGCAGAGGAAGCUCACAGGAAAGGCUAUCUCCGUUACGUGCAUUCCCGAAUCAUUGCGAACGCAGAGGAGAUUGCGUUUUACAGGGGACACACGGUGGAGAUGCGGCAGCUGCAGAAGUGCUACAAGGCGCUCGCGCAACAGACAAACCUCAUACUCUCCAAGCGCCUGUGGUACAUAAUGCUGGAACAGUUCCUCAUGAAAUAUAUGUGGAGCGCGUGCGGACUCGUCAUGGUUGCGGUGCCAAUCAUUACCGGGGCCGGCUUUGCUGACAAUGAGCUUGCUGAUGGCCAAACGCAGGUACGAGUGAGCGUGAGGACGGAGGCUUUUACAACGGCGCGUAACCUGCUGGCCUCCGGAGCCGACGCCAUCGAGAGGAUCAUGUCCUCCUACAAAGAGGUCACCGAGCUGGCUGGGUACACGGCCCGGGUGCACAGCAUGCUCCUGGUGUUCAGCGAGGUGCGGAGAGGGGUGUACAAGCGCUCCAUGCAUUCCCAGAAUCCCGCGGGGCUGGAGGAGGCCGUGGCCAGGCCGCCGGGGCACGUGGAGGGCCCUCUGGAGAUCAAAGGGAAGGUUGUCGACGUGGAGAGAGGCAUCGUGUGUGUAAGCGUCCCCAUAAUCACCCCUACUGGGGACGUGAUCGUAUCCAGCUUGGACUUUAAGGUGGAGGAGGGGAUGCACCUGCUGAUCACAGGGCCCAAUGGCUGUGGGAAGAGCUCUCUGUUCCGGGUGCUGAGUGGGCUGUGGCCUGUGUACAGCGGCCUGCUGUACAAGCCCCCUCCGCACUGCAUGUUCUAUAUUCCACAGAGGCCCUACAUGUCGGUGGGCACGCUGCGGGACCAGGUGAUCUACCCGGACAGCGUGGAGGACAUGCGCCAGAGGGGCUACGACGACCGGGAUCUGGACGCCAUCCUGGACCUGGUCAACCUCAACCACAUCGUCACGCGCGAAGGGGGUUGGGACGCGGAGACGGACUGGAAGGACGUUCUGUCUGGAGGGGAGAAGCAGAGGAUGGGAAUGGCCCGGAUGUUUUAUCAGAAGCCAAAGUACGCCCUCCUGGAUGAGUGCACGAGUGCCGUCAGCAUCGACGUGGAGGGGAAGAUCUUCCAGGCUGCAAAGGAUGCUGGGAUUUCCCUGCUGUCCAUCACCCAUCGGCCAUCUCUCUGGAAACACCACACGCACGUCCUGCAGUUCGACGGCGAGGGCGGCUGGCGGUUCGAGCCGCUGGACACCGCCACGCGCCUCUCGCUGACCGAGGAGAAGCAGCGCCUGGAGACCCAGCUGGCGGGAAUUCCCGAGAUGCAGCAGAGGCUGAACGAGCUGUGCGGGAUCCUGGGAGAGGACUCUGUCCUGAAGACGGGAGAGUGAGAGAGAGAGAAAGAGGGAGAAUGAGUGAGAGAGAGAGAGAAGGAGAGGGAGGGAGAGCAACAUCUAUUUUUAAUAUCCAAUGUCAAACGUUAAUAUAAUCUGCAUAGUCGUUAGUUCAGAGCUGAGCUUUCCAUUGCCAGCAGCUGGAUGCCCUUUGUUAUGCAAUUACAUAAUAUCAUGGUGACAUAAUCACAAUUAUUACAGCAAUGCAUAGUUACCACAUAUUUGACCAUAAAAAGUGGUGCAAUAGCCAAAUGUUUUUAGCAGCUUUGUUUACCCCAUAAGAGUGAAUGAAUACAAACGUCUGCUCUUUUAAAUGGUCAAAUAUAUUUUUAUAUAUUAUAAUUAUUAUAUCAAGUUCCAGUUUAUGUUUUAUGUACUUAUUUUUAGUCUUUGUCUACUCUGAGGUUUAUGCAAAUACUGCUAAAAAAACAAUUCAGAUUUUUAAAAUGGGAGACAGAGGAACUGGUUCUGUCUCGGUCUGGUUUGUGCCUUUGAGUCAAAGACUGUUAAUCCCGAAUUACAGAUGCCCUUAGAAUGUUGCUUGUCUGAUGCUCCUCGCUACGGUUGACUGCAGUUAGAGUUCUGAUAGGUCUGGCUAUGCGAGACUUAUCUCCACACUUCGUUGCAGCACUGUGCCAGCAAUGGAAAAAGGUCUGGCUCAACCCAUUGUCAUUCCGGUAUAGGGGGAAAAACCAUAGACAUGUAUGCAAAACGCUCUGGUUUGUUUGCAUUUCUUUGAACCAAUCACAAUCGUCUUGGGCGGCGGUUGCAGCGACGGUGCCCUUGCAAGAACCAUAGACGCAUAUGUGUCUAUGGCAAAAACGGUAACGCGCAGGUAGCGGAAGGGGAGGAGAAUUCCGACUGAAAUAGUCGGCCAAUGGCAGGCUUAUACACACAGUCUAUAUCCUGUGAGUCAGACUAGAGCUCUGAUGCAGAUUUGACUUCUGACUGAGUUCCAGACAGAGGCCUCAUGUACAGGGAAUGUUCCGUCAGCUUUUCUUGUUGCAACAUACUGCUAAUGUGACUGUUUAAUUUAGCGGGUAGAUGCGCAGACCACAGUUCUUGUCUGUUGUCCGACCUUCCACUUCCUGUGAUACUGAUCCACUCAGCCAAUCGUGGAAGUGCUGGAACAGUGUGUUUUCCAGAGGGAAUUAGAAAGCUAAUACAGUUGAAAUAGAUACGAUACCAUAGAUAUUUGUAAGACAAUGUGACCUUCAGUAGACACUGAAAGUAUUUAAUUGAGAACAUUUAAGAGCUCAUUUCAGUUCAGAACUUCCGAUUUGGGUUGGAAUAGAAACCAGUAUACACGGGGGGUCACCUGUGCCGAGUUUGGGAACCCCUGCUGGUGUUAUACAUUUUAGAGGAUUGGUGCCUUGCUUAGGGGUCCCACAGUGGAGCCCUGCAACAGAUCCCCCCCCCCCCUUUGGUCCACCUACUAUGACUGGGGUUCCUGAACUGUGGGUAGGGAUCUACCGGUGCAUCCUGGGAAGGGCCGGGGAGGACCACAAGAGUUAUGUUACCCUACAUCCUCAACGGCCAGGUUGCACACUCUUCAAUGGGAACGCCGUGUUCGCUCGUGCUAGAAGACUUCACUUUCGUUUCCCUAUUUGAACACGCUAGGCUGCAUUUUAAUGAAUAAGAGUUCGCUUAUCCACUCACUUUAGCUUCCCGUAUGUAGUAGGCCGUGGGCUUUGAAGGUGUGAGUCAAUGGGUUACGCGGUACGUUGGACUGCUGAAGAGAGAGACGGGGAAAGGCUCUUUGCCUUAUUUGUGGUGGUUAAUGUUGAAUAUCAUUGUAAGAACCUGGGAAUGGAUUAACAAUGCUGCAACUUCAUUAACAAAAAAAAAUGUUACCUCAAA